AUGGUCGAGCGGGAGUUAGCGAGCAGAUUCAUGUUCGUACAGUCUCUCCCGCUCUUACUACCCGAUCUGCUCGUGCUUGUCAACUGGGUAGAGGCUCAGCUCAAGGUCGAGACUGAUGCUAAAGCUCGAACUGAGUGGUUAUUUGCCCUCGCGUACAUGUGUACUACAUGGUACCUGUGGUGUCGAAUGGACGAGGUACUCAGCCUACAAUACCAGCACGUGUCAGACAAUGCUACCGACCCUGGAUAUCCAGGUCAAAUACUCAAGACGAUCACUCUGACGUUCCGAAAGACGAAUCAGGCUGAUGCGAGGAAGGGUCGUGUCUAUCAGGUUCAUGACCCCACCAAUCCCGACGAGCGCCCUGUUGCCGUUUGGCACCACCUUCAAAACUGGGUGAAACACGUUCGAGCCUUCACCCACGUCGACGCCAAGCCCCACUUCUUUCUGUUUCCUGUUAUCGACAAGUUCGGAGGGGUUGAUAUAGAGAAGAGGAUGUCUGCAGCGACGUGGCAGUCCAUGUUCGAUAGAAUCGUCCACGAUUCAGGCCUUGGUGAUAAGUAUUCGAAUGGAAACUUCACCGGUCACUGUAUGCGACGAGGAGGGGCUCAGUGGCGGUUUGGCGAAGACCCAGCCGUCAAAUGGGCUCUACAGGCUUCAAUAUGGUGGGGAGGGUGGGCUGAAGGCGAGGCUGUCGGUACGAUUGGGCGCUAUCUCUUGGAGGAACGUAAUCAGCACGAGGCCUCGUACUCAGACCAGAUGAAUCCUGAGCGUAAUCACGCUCGUCGAAGCAUUCAGUCGUCCUCGACGGAUUUGCAAAUCGCCAAGACCGGUGAUAUAGCACAGCUCCGGGAGGAGAUGAAUCGACUUGCACGGGUCGUAGGACGUGAGAUGGAUGGCCUGCGAACAACAUUGCGAGAUCAGGAGCUAGACAGACCUGUAGAAUCGAUUCCGAUGGCGGGGAUCCUGGGCCAAGUUGCUGAUGCUGUCGUUGCCAGCCUCCUAGCCAAGGGUCUAGUGGGUCCUGCGACGAUCUCUGCAGGUCCUGUGGUGCCAGCACAGGCGUCGACAUCGAGCUCGAGUCGUCCGUUUGAAUCGUCCGAACGUCGUGUCGAAAACAUGCUAGCACCCGCUGCAUCGCAUGUGAACGCUCAGGGUGCAACUACUACGCCUUUCACCGAGCUACGACUCCGUCGUAGCGGUGAAAUCAUGGGAAAUCGACCUCCGAAGAUACCGAAGACGUCGACGGUGAAAGAAGCAGUAAAACAGUGGUUUCAAGCUGGUGGCCACGAAUAUCACUACUACGCCUUGCAGGACUGGCCGAAGCAGUGGUAUUCAGGUGCCAAGGGUGGUGACAUAGUCCAUAAGUCGAUUCAGGUCAUCUACGGCCAGCGAAGUCGAUUGGGGAUGGCGUACUCCAUGCUCAAUGAAGGAGCGACGGAUUUCACCGAAGAGGGCUGGGUAAGAUUCGAGACGAAAUAUCCGGAGAAGAAGAUGACGGACGUCCUCGAAGCAAUCAGGAACGAUCUUGCUGCAUCGGGGAAGAUCACUAAUCGCCCAAAUCGCAAGCAGAACACCGAUAAGUAG